GGAGGUGAUGCAACGUAAAGGCCACAAGCGCAACUGUAGCCAACGAGUAGGAGGCGAACACAGAGCGAAGCGCGCAGCUGGAAGACGAGCUUUUGGUUUUCUCCGCCGCUCCAGUUCAUCUGAUCCGCUCACCCACAGCUUUUACAGAAUGAUGCUUCAGCACUCGGGUCCUUCUCUGGCUGACAUCAGCUGCUCCGCCUUGGUUCCCUGCCUCUCCCCUGCAGGCACACUCACCCUGGACGACUUCACCAACUUCACGCCCAUCGUUAAAGAGGAGCUCCGGCUGGCAAUCCAGACCAAGCGGCUCUCCAAUGGGCUUAGUGCCGACAUGAGCUCCGAUGGCACCAGCUCGGACCGAGCCUAUGAGCAAACUUCAUGUGAGAGCAGAGCAAAGAGAGAGUUCACUCCUGAGGAGCACGAGAGGAGGAAAAGGAGGAGAGAGAGAAACAAAAUUGCUGCUGCCAAGUGCCGUAACAAGAAGAAGGAAAAGACCGAAUCCUUGCAGAAGGAGUCUGAGAAGCUCGAGAGCAUCAACGCCGAACUGAAAGCUCAGAUUGAGGAGCUGAAGCAGCAGAAGCAGCAGCUGGUCUACAUGCUCAACCUGCACCGGCCGACGUGCAUCGUCCGAGCCCAGAACGGCCAAACACCCGAGGACGAGCGAAACCUUUUCAUCCAGCACAUCAAGGAGAGCACCUUACAGCUCCACAACCUCACUUCCUCCACUUCCACUUCCACCUCCUCAUCCACAUCCACGUCCACGGUAGCACCCCUUAGCGGAGGACUUCUGACCCUCGACCACGUUCAGUGCCCCAGUCACCUAUGAUAGACCACGGUGUUAUCAAGGACUUGCAAUUCUUCCGUCUCCUGCUGCUAAUGUAACGUUGACUGUUUUAGCGGCAGGUGGAGUUGCCACAUAGACUUAUGACCUGAGAAUGAAACACCACCCAUGACUCCUCACACUCAUCCUCCGUCCAUAAUGCUGCUAGAGAGAGAAAGAGAGAGAGAGAGAGAGUGGUAUAAAGUGACCUCAGCACCUCCCACUCCCUGAACCGUAGCUGCUGAUUGGACAGGGGUGACAAAUGAUGGACAGCACUUUGAUAUGCGUUAUGUUUCUUUCUUUCUAAAUUAUAAACAGUCAGGGCCAAGAACAGACGUUAAAGCACUAAAACUUCAGAUUUUUUUUUCCUAGUAUAGUUAAUGUCAGAUUUUUUUUUUUGUUUUUUGUACCAAAGUCUGAUUUCAAGGUGAUCAAGGCACAUCAUUUAAGUGUUCACUUGUAGAGUAAGUAGGUUCAGAUUGAGCGUGUGAGUGUGUACAGAUGCAAGUCACUGACUUUAAAAAGAAGCUGUUUCUGUUCAGCGUAUGGAAACAAUUACAUAUUUAUUAAAUGACUACUGUAUGAUAUGAUAUUGCUGUUUUAACCCUGUCUGCUUGUCCUGUAUACAGCGUGAAUUACUAAAACUGCUGCUGCUACUAACCACUCAGGACCUACAUAGGCUGUAGACAUCAGUUUAAUUAUAUUUAAUGAGAGUGAACUUGUGCAAAAGUGUGAGUACACGUCAGGUUCUUUGCUGUGAGUGUAGCAGACACAAAAGGGAAACGUACUUCACAGGCAGGGUUUGUAGUUCUGCCUGAUACAAAAAACAGUGUAAUGGAGUGUAUAUGUAAGUGUCUUUUCUUAAGAAUUCAACGUUUUCUGGCAGGUGAAAUUGUCCAGUGUACAUUUUAUUUAUCACUGUGUUCUCUCUUAAAGCAAAUGGGAUUCAUAUUCUGUUUAUUUUUUUUUCUGAACACGUUCUGUGACGAUGAAGCUACAUGAGUGUUAUUUUACACGUGUCUUUUCUACCUAAUAUCUUGUAUAAUGUAUUGGCCGCAUAUUAACUCUGUGCUGCUGUAUGUAAACACCGAAUGCCUCCUUUGGUCUCAACAGAGCAAAACUAAAGUUAUUUUUUUAAAAAAAUGUA